AUGUUGGUCGCGGCUUUCCUCCGCAAUGGCCUUGGCCUAAUGCUGCCGGUGGCGCUGGCCUGCACCGUCUACCUCUACCUCUACCCCUUCUUCAGCCAGUGCGCGUUUCCAGUGCCGUCGCGGGACCCGGCCGAGGCUUUCAACGAGACGAAGAAGCUGCACUGGCCGUACGCGGACUCUGAAGCCGGCGCGGAACAUGAUGCGCUACCGACACGGCUCGCGCCGUUCCGACUUCUGGCGCUCGGCGACCCGCAGCUCGAGGGCGACACAUCCAUCCCCAUCGCGUAUCUGGGUGUCUUGCCGCACCUGCGCAGUAUCGCGAAGCGCCUCACCUUUCAGACGGAGGAAGAAUCGCUGCGCGACCGCGUCCGGAUGACGCUGCACGAUGUGAUUGACGUGUACUUUGAGGACAUCCCCUUCAUCUUCGAGUCGGUCCGCAAGCGCUUCGACCUGUUCGGAAACGAUUUCUACCUCGCGCACAUAUAUCGCACCUUGCACUGGUGGACGCAACCGACGCACGUGUCGGUGCUGGGCGACUUGCUGGGCAGCCAGUGGAUCGAGGACGAUGAGUUCGACAGGCGCGGCCGGCGCUUCUGGAACCGCACGUUCAAGGGCGGCGAGCGCGUGCCCGACGACGUGGCCGCGUUUCCCGAGAAGGAGUACAAUGUCACGGGCCUGCUCGAUGGCUCUCCCGCGGAGCAGGUAUGGACACGGAGAAUCAUGAACGUGGCGGGCAACCAUGACAUCGGCUACGCCGGCGAUCUGACGCCCGAGCGCAUGGCGCGGUUCGAGCGCGUCUUUGGCAAAGCCAACUACGAGCUCCGCUUCGAGAUGCCCGUCGAGGAUCCGACGGCCAACGCCACGAUCGUGGACGACGCAACAAACCCGCUGUCGACGCGGCUGCACCCCGAGAUCCGCAUCGUCGUCCUCAACGACAUGAACCUCGACACCCCGGCCAAGGACGCGGGCUUGCAGGAUGCAACGUACCAGUUCAUCAACGCCGUCAUCGGCACGGCAGCGGCAGUCGAGCACCAGGGCCAGUUCACGCUGGUGCUGACACACAUUCCGCUGUACAAGCCAGAAGGCGUGUGCGUGGACGCGCCGUUCUUCGACUUUCACGGGCCCGAGGACGGCAGCGGCGUCAAGGAGCAGUAUUUGCUCAGCGCCGACGCCAGCCGCGGACUCCUUGAGGGCGUGUACGGCGUCAGCAAGGACCCCGGGGCGGCGGGUAAAGGGCUAGGCCGCAGCGGGCUGGUGCUCAACGGGCACGACCACGAGGGCUGCGACACAUACCACUUUGUCAACCAGACCAACGGCACGUCGGUGGACGAGCGAUCAUGGGAGCACGUUCGGUGGGCGGAUGCAAGGGCGCGCGGCCUGCCGGGGCUGGACAUGGUCCCCGGACGCCGCGAGAUCACGGUGCGCAGCAUGAUGGGCGACUUUGGCGGCAACGCGGGCCUGCUGAGCAUGUGGUUCAACACGACGACGUGGGAGUGGGAGUACGAGUACGUCGACUGCCCGCUGGGCCGGCAGCACUUUUGGUGGAUGACGCACUUUCUGGAUGCGGGCGUGGUGCUCUUUGCGGCGCUGUGGGCGCUCGUCGCCAGACUCGAACGCAAGGGCAUCGACGUGGACGGCGAGUGCCGCAGGGCUGUGCUGCUGGUACGCGAUCGGGUGGAAGAGAGCAUCGAAGAGUUUCGGGACGCGGUCCGGCGGGUGCGCAACGAGCCCACGCAGCCGAGAUCACCGGACACCAGGCCGAGAGGGGCUGAUCAGAAUGGCACGGCGAAAUGA